CACUAAUACCUAGAAGCUAUUAAUAGGUGAAGUGCGUAAAAUCUGGAAACAAUCUCAAUGAUCUUAUCUCCGAAAUAAUGCCAGCUCUUGAAAACUUGACCAAUUGACGUUCCAACCCCACUCUGAUUUAUUUUAACAAUAUAAAAGUCGAGUCUGUACAACCAAAACUCAAAAAACGAGCCACAAUGAAAGUGUUCAUAAUUCUCGCCCUUGCCAUUUACGGCACCUCAGCUUCGCUGUCCAAAGAUUUCGUCGAAGAAAAAUGGGAAAGUUUCAAAAAAACGCACGAAAAAUCCUAUCUUAAUGCCAAGGAAGAGGCCUUCCGUAAGCAAAUCUUCCAGAAGAAGCUCGAGCGCAUUGAGGCGCACAAUGAGCGGUUCAACAAAGGCUUGGAGACCUACACCAUGGGCAUCAACAUGUUCACCGACAUGACCCCCGAAGAAAUGCGACCAUACACCCAUGGUCUGAUCGAGCCAGCGGUCGUGCCCAAACCCCUCGUUGAAAUCAAGUCCCGAGCUGACCUGGGUCUGAACCACAGUGUGCAAUACCCAGCUAGUUUCGACUGGAGGGACAAAGGAAUGGUCACAGGAGUCAAAAACCAGGGAGGUUGUGGCUCCUGCUGGGCCUUCUCAAGUACUGGCGCCAUUGAAUCGCAAGUCAAGAUCGCCAAAGGCGCCAACACCGACAUCUCCGUCAGCGAGCAGCAGCUGGUGGACUGCGACACCGCCGCCGACGGCUGCGGGGGCGGCUGGAUGACGGACGCCUUCACCUACAUCGCCCAGACUGGGGGAAUUGACUCCGAAAGCUCGUAUCCUUAUAAGGGAGUUGACGAAAGUUGUCACUUCAUGUCGGACAAAGUCGCAGCUAAGCUCAAAGGAUAUGCUUAUCUGACCGGGCCUGAUGAGAAUAUGUUGGCCGAUAUGGUGUCCAGCAAAGGCCCUGUUAGUGUAGCUUUCGACGCUGAAGGUGAUUUCGGGUCUUACAGCGGUGGGGUUUAUUAUAAUCCCAACUGUGCUACCAAUAAAUUCACCCAUGCUGUACUCAUCGUUGGGUAUGGGAAUGAGAAUGGGCAGGAUUACUGGUUGGUGAAGAAUUCAUGGGGCGACGGUUGGGGCGAACAUGGGUAUUUCAAAAUCGCCAGGAAUAAGGGCAAUCACUGCGGGAUUGCCAGCAAGGCUAGUUAUCCAGUCUUGGCGUAAAUGAUACAUCGAUAUAUUGUGUUAAACUUUUAUUAAAUAAAAUAAAAACUAAA